AUGCGCCUCUCCAAAACCCUCGUCGACAUGGACAUGGCCGACUACAGUGCUGCGCUGGACCCAGCCUACACCACCCUGGAGUUCGAGAAUGUGCAGGUGUUGACAAUGGGCCAUGACACGUCCCCGUCAGAAGGUGCCAACCUCAAUGCACCCAACAGCCUGGGUGUCAGCGCCCUGUGUGCCAUCUGCGGGGACCGGGCCACGGGGAAGCACUAUGGGGCCUCGAGCUGCGACGGCUGCAAGGGCUUCUUCCGGAGGAGCGUCAGGAAGAACCACAUGUACUCCUGCAGAUUUAGCCGGCAGUGCGUGGUGGACAAAGACAAGAGGAACCAGUGCCGCUACUGCAGGCUCAAGAAGUGUUUCCGGGCCGGCAUGAAGAAGGAAGCCGUCCAAAAUGAGCGGGACCGGAUCAGUACUCGCAGGUCCAGCUAUGAAGACAGCAGCCUGCCCUCCAUCAAUGUGCUCCUGCAGGCUGAGGUCCUGUCCCAGCAGAUGACCUCCCCCAUCUCCGGGAUCAACGGCGACAUCCGGGCCAAGAAGAUCGCCAGCAUCGCAGACGUGUGUGAGUCCAUGAAGGAGCAGCUGCUGGUGCUCGUGGAGUGGGCCAAGUACAUCCCAGCCUUCUGUGAGCUCCCCCUAGACGACCAGGUGGCCCUGCUCAGAGCCCAUGCUGGCGAGCACCUGCUGCUUGGAGCCACCAAGCGAUCCAUGGUGUUCAAGGAUGUGCUGCUGCUAGGCAAUGACUACAUUGUCCCCCGGCACUGCCCGGAACUGGCGGAAAUGAGCCGGGUGUCCGUGCGCAUCCUCGAUGAGCUGGUGACGCCCUUCCAGGAGCUGCAGAUUGAUGACAACGAGUAUGCCUGCCUCAAAGCCAUCAUCUUCUUCGACCCAGACGCCAAGGGGCUGAGCGACCCGGGCAAGAUCAAGCGGCUGCGUUCCCAGGUGCAGGUGAGCCUGGAGGACUACAUCAACGACCGCCAGUACGACUCUCGCGGCCGCUUCGGCGAGCUGCUGCUGCUGCUGCCCACGCUGCAGAGCAUCACCUGGCAGAUGAUCGAGCAGAUCCAGUUCAUCAAGCUCUUCGGCAUGGCCAAGAUCGACAACCUGCUGCAGGAGAUGCUGCUGGGAGGGUCCUCCAGUGAUGCACCCCACGCCCACCACCCCCUGCAUCCUCACCUGAUGCAGGAACACAUGGCCACCAACGUCAUUGUCGCCAACACGAUGCCUGCUCACCUCAGCAAUGGACAGAUGUGUGAGUGGCCCCGUCCCAGGGGGCAGGCAGCCACCCCUGAGACUCCACAGCCCUCACCACCAGGUGGUUCAGGUUCUGAGCCCUACAAGCUCCUGCCAGGAGCCAUCUCCACAAUCGUCAAGCCCCCGUCUGCCAUCCCCCAGCCGACCAUCACCAAGCAGGAGGUCAUCUAGCAAGCCGCCUGGGGUCGGGGGCUUGGCUGGCUCCCCACAGCCCCUGCAGAGGACACCUGGCAAUCUCAUGAUCACAACAAGGGAAGGCAUGUCAACAGGGCCAGUCCCGGAGCAGUAAUGGAAAGGGCAAAGGGCCCAAGAACUUGGGCUGAGGGCCACACCCCAUUGACAUCACCCCCUGCUCUGGAUGAUGGGGCCUCGACUUGGGGAUACCCCAGCUGGAACGUCCUCUGCUGCCUUGGACAGCGUUUCUCAUGCCGAAGCUACCCGCCUCCACCUUCAUCCAUACCUACCCCCAACUUCCUCACCCCCAAAGGCUGCUGUCUGGAGACAUUAUGGAACCUUGCUUAAACACAGCUCCCUUCUCCCUCAGACCCGUCUAGUCCUGGUGAUAGUGUCCACACAGCAAGACCUCUGAAGCUGGGUCAGCCAGUGGCACCUACCCAGUCGUGCUGCCCCAACCUCAAAUGCUCCUCUCCACCUCCAGGGUCUCCUUCCUCAGCCAGCCUAUUUUCUCUGAAGUCACCUCUCUGGAAGGCUGAGGAAGACUCCAAAAUGACACCCCCAGUCAUUCCGGGGACGUCUCUAAAGUACCGACUAGGCACAGUGUAGGAGACCAUUGAGAAGUAGGAGGCAUUUCCUGCCCUCUCCCUGCCUCCCUUCCCUUCCUCAGGGGCUUGGUGGGUUUUGGGAGUGAUGAUCCCUGUAGGCUUUCAACAGUGAGAGAAUAGUCCUCGGUGGACACCCUCUUCAGGAACUCGGAGGGAGGGAGGGCUCAGUGGUCACGGGAAGCCUCCAGAAAGAAGUAGACUGCGCCCGAGGCCAAAGAGGAGAGCAGGGGAGACAGGACAUUCCGAGUGAGGGGAAACAGCCAGGGCACAUGGCCAUAAAGAGAACAGGCUGUCCAGGGCAAAGGGCAGGCUGGAGAGCACGGGGGCCUCGACAGCAGGACUAAGGCAUGUAGAUUUGGUUUCCUAGCUGGGAUAGCUGGGAAGGGAUGUGCAAUGAACUGGGCUUUCAGAAGACAAAUAGAGCAGUCCUGCAGACAUUGGAAGGUUGAGAGGAAGGAGGGUGGUCGGAUGGGGGCCAUGAUGUAAUCCAGGUGAGAGUGAGGAGGCUUGAGCAACAGCUGCCAUUGGGGGAUGGAGAGGAAGGAUGGCUCAGUCCCCCAGGUCAGAAUGACAGCAAGGAGGAAUCCUCCCCAGGGCCUGCCUCGCGCUCUUCCUUGCUGCCAGGCACUGUCUUAAGGCACUUGACAUGCGUCAUCUCAAUCCUCCCAGUUAUUCAGAUCUUUACAGAAGAUGAAAUUCAGUUCCAAGUGGUUUAGUGAUUUUUUCUGGAACUCACACAGCUAGUAAGUGACAGAGUCAAGACUGGAACUCAGAUCUGCUCUUAACCAUGGUGGCUGAACAUCCUCUCCAAAAGGGCCCCCUUGGCCUCACUGUGAUCAUGUUGAGAGACUCUCUGCCACCUUCGGCCUCAGAAGCUUUGCCCCCUCCUAGGACUAAGAGUGGCCUGAGGCUGCAUCAAAAUGCAUAUAGGGACCAGAAUCCCAUUUGUUGUUAAACAUUAAGGAGAAUUCAUGACUCCUGGAUCCCCUUUCUCUCCCCAAUACACAAAUCCGGGGGAGAGGUGGCAGGAACUGGCCUCUGGGAGAUGGGCCAAUCUGGCCUGGCAGCCUGGGAGCCGGACAGAGGAGGGGUAAGAAGUCUUGGGUUUGAGAUCUGCCCUGGGGAGCAGCACUCUAAGAGCUUUCUGGAAACACUAAACCCCAGGAUGUAGUAGCCAUUACCUCACCCAUGCAGAAUCUUGGUGGCUUUGAAAAACUUCUAGAAAAUGCCACUGGCCAGUGGGAAAAAAAAGCAGUGUGAAUCCUGGAUGCAAGAUUAGGAAGGAGCGUGUAUCUACUCCCCCAGCAGGUUUGACCCUUCUGGCUGGAGGAUACAGUACAGCUCCCGGUGCUACCAGAACUGGUUUUCUCCACUCCACCAAGCCUGCCCCCAAACCCAGGAGCGACAAUGGCUCCCUGCUCAGGGCUCUCAGGUCCCCUCAGCGCCCCUGCCUCCAAUGCUCCAGAAAUCCCAGCCACAGGGCAAGGCAGGGAAGUUGAGAUCAUUCUGGUCAUCAUGGCCAUUCCCAGUCGUCGUUCCUCUGCACCUGAACGUUGCUGUCAGGGGAACAAAGUUGUGAGAAGAAUUUCCCCCAGGGAAAGAGUGGGGUAACGGUAGCAAUCUCCUGGGACAGGGGGUCAGUCUUCCCUGCCAAAUGCCCCUUUCUGCCUGGUGGACUGAAAAACGGAGGGCGGGCAGGCCUGGGCCCUAGAAUUCUCCCACUGAGACGCCCUUCAUCAGGCAGCUCUCAGGAGCGCCCGAGUCUGCAUGGCUCUCCUGAGAGUGGACUGAGGAGAGGGUCCGAAAUCGACGUGCCUCGAUUUCCUGUGAUGGCAGCGCCAAUUAUUUUUGCCAAAUUGAUCUGUGAUUCACCCUGAUUGGGACUGAUUGUCAGACUCACGUAGAGCAGUUCCAGAGGUGGAGUGGGUGCCAUCGGCCCGAUCCACCUCUUCCUGCAGGUGUGACUGUCAUCAGGACGUGCUGGGCCCCGCCUCCUGCAUCACUGCCGCCCAAGGGGGCAAAUAAGCAAAAAACAUUUCUUAUUCUUGUGCGUUUUAACAAAAGUUUGUAAAACAAAAUAAAUGGCAUGUAUGUUUUCUAA